CAUGUAUAAAAUGGCUUGAAAACAAUAAAGAAGACAUUAAAAAAAACAAUAAAGAAGACAUUGAAGAAGAAAACAUUAUUGAAGAAGAUAGUAUCGAAGAAGAUAGUAUUGAAGAAGAUAGUGUCGAAAAAGACAAUAUUAAAAAAGAUAGUAUAGAAGAAUAA